CAAUGCUCAUUAAUGUCUACUCAUGUUAUGUAGCUUUCAUUUUUAAAAUAUUUUAAAUAGAGGCGACAGUUUUGUUAUGGGGGCAGAUAUUCGAAGUAAAACAUCAUCACAGUAAGAACAGUUGAACUUGAAAACGAUUCUCUCUAUAUAUAUAUGAAUAAACUCACUGGUUCGUUAGAAUAAUGGAUUUACAGAAUGGCUACACGCUUGAAAAUGCUGAGAUAUCAAGGGGCGAUUUUUUCAGUUUACUCUCUAAAAGAUCACCCAGCAAAAUCUACAAAAGCUUGUUCGAUUAUAUUUCAAGUGUCGCUAAGGAAUUGAAAGAACGUCAAUGCUUUUACACUUUUGAUUUGGCUGAAAUCUUAUGGAGAAUCGAAUUAUGGAAAAAGAAAAUGCCACACGUUCGGCCCUUCUUUGCCGUGAAAACCAAUUCCGACCCAGUUUUCUUGAGACUUCUUGCUUUAUUAGGAUUCUCGUUCGAUUGCGCAACAGAGGGAGAGAUCCGUUAUGUUCUGAAAGCCGGUGGUGACCCUAAAAAUAUUAUUUUCGCACAUGUGAUUAAACCGCCAGGAGCUCUUCAAUACGCAGCUUCCGUUGGAGUAGAGUUGAUGACUUUUGAUUGCAAGGAAGAACUGUUAAAAAUCCACAAAUAUUUUCCACAGGCCAGAUUAGUGUUGCGAAUAGUUGCUGAAGACGUGGAGUGUUCCUACGACCUCAGGGACAAAUUUGGUUGUGAAGUUGAAGAAGCCGAAGAAAUACUAAGUUUCGCAAAAACUCUCGAUUUGAAUGUCAUAGGAGUAAGUUUCCACGUGGGAGGUUUGUGUAAAAACCCAAACUCAUAUGCAGCUACGAUUCGAGCCUCUCGAGAAGUGUUCAAUACCGCCAAACAACUUGGCUUUCAUUUCACGAUGCUGGACAUAGGGGGUGGAUUUUUAGGCGACAAAAAUAGCGAAGGACUUUUCCAUGAGAUCAGUUCGGUUAUUCGGUCAGCUUUGAAAGAAAAUUUUCCAGAUCCUGAUAUUGAAAUCAUCGCUGAGCCCGGGACAUACUUCGUCUGUUCAGCUGUGACUUUAACUACAGCCAUCUGCGGUAAAAAGGAAAGAAAUAGCCAUUGCAAAACAAUGAAUGGAAUGAAUCCCGUCCGGCGGUUUUAUUACGUAAAUGACAGCAUCUACGGUUCGUUUUACAGAGGCGUGGAGUUGUAUGGCUGUGCGAUGAAACCCUUUCUGAGUGACGAGGAAUUGCAGCGAAGACCAACCUAUAACAGCAAUGUGUGGGGGCAAACCUGUUGCGCCGAAGACCUGUUGGCGAAGGAACAACAACUUCCAGAUCUUGAAGAAGGGGAAUUCAUUUUAUGGGAGAAUAUGGGAGCAUACAACCAAGUUCUGUGCAGUGCAUUUUGUGGAGUACCAUUUCCAGCCACAAGAUACGUUUUCGUAAAUAAUUCACGCUUCAACUUGGAAUGGAUAAGCAAUGUUGAAGAAGUAUCGGACUUUUUAAGCAAAACAUGUUCGCUUGUUGCAAAAGAAUGAAAAAAAAAAAGAAAGAAAGAAACAAAAUGGGAAAAAACAUCACAUUUAUGUAACACUGACAUGUAGACAAGAAUUUGUGUUUUAAAAUGCGCAUCUUAUGUUUUAAAAUAUUUAUAUAACUUUCGAAGACCUUUAUUAUAAUGUUUU